AGAGGGAGAGGCAUCUGCCGGGCAAGAAAGCGUUUCAUACUGUAUAUAUCAUUCUGCAAUCUUCUCCAGUGCCCGCUAAAGAGGGGCCACAGCGCCAAGCAGGAGGGAAGCAAAAAAUCACGCUGGGCACAAGAGAACGGCUGAGGGCUUCGCUUGAAGGUUACGGAUCUGGAGAGAUGAGGAUGGAAAAAUCUUACACGUACCAACAGGGGGCGCCCUUGCCUGGCUGGGAUCCAGCUGCCUUGUGGGUAAGGCAGGUGUGAGACGCAGGAUGGACUGGUGCUGUGGUUAAAGCACUGGGCUGGGACCUGGGGACAGGGAUCUGGCAUGAAGUCUGAACCUUAUGGUGAGCCAUUGGGGUGGGAUAUGCCUGUCCAGGCCUCAGUGCAUGGAAACUUUCUAAUCACGCCACCAAAGCUGAAACUCGCUUUCCGCCCCGCCCCAACCCCCUGCUGCAUUCCCAGUCAGUUUAGACAGCUGGAGAUUAUCUCAUGAAAACAAUCCCAGCACUAGACUGGGGUCAAAUUCAUGACAGCAGCAGCCUUAAUCUGAGCCAGCCCGGGAAAUCCAGAAGCACAGUGGCAGAUGCUGAUAAUCCAGCCUCGCUCCCUGGGGAAGAGGGGCAGACAAUUGCUACAGGGCAGGAGGAGCUGUGUAUGGAAGCCCCGGAUUGAAGGAACUUGGAGAGAGCAGCUUCCCCUCCAGGCCCAGGAAAGGAUGGAGCCUCCAGGUCAAGAUCUCACCCCACGUGCAUGCUACAAACAGUCUGCGCUCUGCCCUGCAGGGUGACCAGUAUCUGCAGCACCACCAACCACACAGGAGGGAAGAUACUGCUGGGCCUGGACAAGGCGCUGCAGGAGUAUCCCUUUGAGACGUGGUCCCUGACCGGGAACGAUUUGCUGCAGCUGUCCUACCGGCGCUUGGAGGAACUGGGCCUGAGGCGGGUUGGCCAUCAGGAGCUCGUUCUGGAAGCCGUGGAGCAGCUGUGCGCGCUGAACUACGAGCUGGAGACCACCAGCCUGGGGACACUGACAGAGAAGCUGCAGCAAGUCGCUCGGACCACCCAGACCCUCAUCCUGAGCCGCAGGAAGGUGACCGCGUAUGAUGGAGAGGCCAUCGAGACGCCCUCCCCGGACCUCCUGGCCUGCAUCGCUGAGCUGAUCACGGCGGCCAAGGGGCUCUUCUCCUGGCUCAACAGGUAUCUCUUCUCUCACCUGAAUGAUUACUCAGCCAGCCGGGACAUUGUCUCGCUCUGCGGAGAACUGGCCCAAAUCCUACAGAAGGACUGCAGCGUGUCUGAGAGAGAGAACCAGAUCCUGCUGAUUUGCAGGCACCUCGCGGGGAUCUGUGAGAACAUCUCGAGCUGCAGCCCGGCAGCCCUGCUGAACCAGACCGCCAUCUUGGAGAGCGUGGACCUUGUGCCCACCGAGCCAGAGGACAGUCUGGGCAUCGAGAUCAAAUCCACCAACUCCUGCCUCCACUUCAUAGCGGGAACCACCACUGAGUCUCCAGCUGACCACUGCAGCCAGAUCCUGCCGGGGGAUGAGAUCGUUCAAGUCAACGGGCAGGUUGUGGUGGGUUGGACUCGAAUGAAUCUAGUGAAGAAAAUACUCGAAAAGCCAAACCAGGUGACAUUGGUGCUGAAGAAGAUUCCACUAACCUCUGUGGGGUCCCCGUGUUCCCCCAGGUCUCCGUGCCAUCAGGCACCUGGAAGCUUCUCGGAUGCUGCAGAAUCUCCUGGCUUGGAAAACAAUGACUCUCCAAUAAGCUUGGUCUCCCUGCCUUCCAGCGUGAUCGCCGGGCUGGACUCUGCGCUGGAUCUCGCCACUGACGAAGAGGUGGCGUUCGACUCAAGCCACCCCGGAGAGGAGACCAGGGACUUCCUACAGCGACUCCCCACUGAAGACGCUUCAGCAGCCCCUACGUUGGAGAGCCAAGCUGUGGGGGCAGGAUUUGAAGGGUGCAGCUCCCCCGUUGCUGUCGCUCCAGCCAGACCCAGCACCUUGGAACUCGGAUCGAAGGAGUCCCCAGAGAACGGAAUUGGGAGCAGAAGUCGGGGACCAGAAUCUCCCGCUCUUCCAAACAAGAGCAGCACCAAGAGUUGCUCCAGGCAGAAAGGAGUGGCUACCAGGCUGAGCCGCCGGCGGGUGUCCUGUCGGGAGCUGGGCAAGGUGGACUGCGAUGGCUGGCUCCUGAAGAAGAAAGACCACGUGGGAUUCAUGUCCCAGAAAUGGAAACGCUGCUGGUUUGUGCUGAAGGGCCACGUUCUCUACUGGUACAACCAGCCCAGUGACGAGAAAGCCGUAGGCCUGAUCAACGUGUCGACCUACGACCUGGAAAGCACCCGGGAGCAGAAGAAGAAAUAUGUCUUCCAGCUCUGCCAUGAGACGUACAAACCUUUCAUCUUCGCAGCAGAGACUCUGGCUGAUCUGAGCAUGUGGGUGAGUGGUUUGAUCGCUGCAAAAACCAAAUACAAGCUGGCCCAGGAAUCGCUCCCGCCCAGAGAAGAAGACUGCUACAGUGAGACGGAAGCUGAGGAUCCGGACGACGACGCCCCCAGGCCUGGCUCUGAUCUGCUGCCAAAGAGAAGGGAGCUGCUAACCACUGUGGAGAGAGCCCAGCCCGGUGCUGCAAUGGGGAGCCCCGACUCCACGGGCCCAGUGGGGAGCCCCCUGGGGAGCCCCGUCCCUGGCAGUGGCAGGCCCUGCUCGCCCCUGGACUCCCCUGGCAAAGAACUGGAGUCCCUGAUUCAGUGUCUGAAGCAAGGCGGGGUGUCUCUCAUCGGCACGCGCCAGCUCCUGACCCACGAGCAGUACCGCAGAUCCUUCAUCAAGCGCAACAAGAACCCCCAGAUCAACGAGAGAGUUCACCUGGUCCGGGCCCUGCAAAGCACGCUCAAAGCGAAGGUGGCUGAGCUGCAGAUCCUCGAUCAGCUCUUGAACGACUCGGAACUGACCUCGGAGAAAUUCAGACACUGGAAAGAAGAGCAUCAGGAGUUAUACCAGGAAAUCCACCAGUGGUGGGCGCCCAGGCCCAGCCAGGCUGAAGGUCUCGGAGCAGAACUUGGCGCUGAAUCCAGUCCACAGGAAACUGCCGGUGCGACGCCAUAACACAUGGAAUCGGGGCAGAUCCUGGCAAUAACGUUCCCUUCAUAAACCUCAGUGCAGGGAAUAACCCGUCCCUCUCUCAUUCCGGAGAGAUUCCUGUCGUCUCUGUCCCAGCAAGAAACGCGAUGCUCUGAGAGCAAGGAGGAAUGGUGCUCACUCACAACGCGCAGUGCAUCAAUUUAACUGGAAAGUGGGCUGCAUUUUAAAGACCCCGUUUGAGGCUCUCCCCUGAGAGCAGGAUUUUAUGUAGGGACCCACUUUUGACAAAGCCUUGUCAUUCUGAGGACAAGGAAGGAAUUCUCAGAAUGGAUCCUCGGUUGGUCUAGAGAGUCUUGCUUGUUUUAAAAGAGCUGCUGUUUCCAUUUCCCAGUGAUGCUUAAUGAAUAUGCAUCCAUAUACUUCACUGAGUAACUGACCCCAGCGCUGUGAGGCCAGGACGGUCCCUCUGGGGAUAAUUCUGAGAUUGGGAUAUUCAACAUGUUGAUGCCUUGGCAUUUCUCAUCACUCGACAUCCAUCCAGAGCCCGAUCGGAACCAAGAACCCGUGUGAUGGAAGAUCUUUUAUGGAUAGAAGUGCUGCCUGGCCCCCCUCUGGCUCCGCCUGCGGUGGUAGAUAUUCAUUUGAUAAAGAGAGAGGCUGGUUUUCAUACAUGUACAAAUAAUUGUGUGUUACAGUAUUUGCUAGUGGACAGAGUUGGACUCAAGUGCCAUUCUCUGCUCUGCUGCUAACUCCCACGUGUGCCCUCGGGCGAUUGCCUUAGUUUCCCUGUAUUUAAAAGGGGAUAAGACUGAUCUGUCUCAUAAAGCAGCUGUGUCGUUUCAUUAAUUCAUGGGGCCAAAGCUCUUUGAGAUCCUCUGCUGCAAGGCCUUGUUACAGAUGUAGGCUGGUUAGCCAGGGGAAAGUUCUGAUCCAGCCCCCCUCGCUGGAUGGAUGUGUCAUUGAGUGAGUUCUCUUUAAACAUCCAGGACCUGUCUACACUGCAUUGGAAAGCAAGCCUCCCCGCUGACCUCCCCAGACGCGUGCUAGCAGGGCUCACGCUACCGCUCUAAAACUGGCCGGGUCGAUGUUGCUUUAACGUUGUGACGUGGGCUCUCGUGCCCACCCACCCCCCUUCAUCCCCCAGUUGUCAGAGCCCAAGCACCAGCCCGAGCCGCAGUGUCUACACAGCUGUUCUUGCAGCACUAACACAAGUCUGAGGAGGCGGGCUGGGGGGCUCACUCCUGAUGCAGCAUGGACAGGCUGACACCAGCUGGCUCGCUGCAGCCCUGCCAGUAAUUUUAACUAAAAUAUCCAGCUGUUGUCUAGCAUUUUAACUGUCCAUUUUUAUUUUUUGUUUUGCAAGUGCCUGAUCCCAAGUCCCCGUCCUUUGCUGACAAAUCAGUUCAGGCCUGUUUUAGCUAACCUCGACUCUUAUAGGAACCAAGGUUUGCUCCAAUGAAAUGGACCCACCCUGUCCCCCUACAUGUGAACCAGAAGCUGCCUCUGGCUAACGGCAGUGAGUUAGCAGGGCAUUUCCUUGGCUGCUUAGGGCAGGAGACGGUUGAGCCUCCAUCAUCUCGUUCUCGUCAGCAGCUGCCAGGACUAGUGUCCAAUUCGAAGCUUAGUGAGAGUUUUCCUAUUGCUUUCAAUAGGCUUUGGUGCCUGAGCUUGCCUUCACUCUAAAGUUACCACCCUCGCUGCUUGGUUCUGCUGCCCUAGCAUUCCCUUACUCGCCCCCUCUCUAAUUCAGUACCUCCAGUCUCAGCUUGGCUACAGGCUUGGGGCCUCGUUCCUGUUGGGAGGGGGGAAAUCCCUCCAUCCCUUUCGAGCUUCGGGGAAAGGAAAGCAGCCAUUGUUAUAUUUUUGUUUUUCUAUUGUCAAAGCUGUUUUAUUUUUCUAAGCACUCUCCCCUGCCGGAUUUGUAUACGGGGUAGAUUAGGUUUUAUAUAUGAUCAAACCACUUCUCUGUUCCAUCCUCAAUCUCUCUGCAUCUGGCCACUUAGAGCUGGAAUAGACAGGGGUUGUUUGAAGCAGGCAAGGUUGGUUUUCUUGGGGCAUGAAUAAAACUGUGUUGAUGACA